AUGACGGUGACAGAGUGUUGUUAUGCAGUGGGCUUCAUCUUCUGUGCAUUAUUUGCAGUGGUGAAAUGGAACACCGUACGGUACUCUAGAAAAGGUAUGCCUCCAGGAUCAUUAGGUUACCCUUUCAUUGGGGAGACUCUCCCAUUUCUCAAACAAGGACCCCUUUUCAUCAAACGAGGCAGAUCAAGAUAUGGAAAUCUCUUUAAGACUCAUGCAUUAGGUUCUCCUGUUGUUAUUAGCAUGGAUCCUGACGUCAAUAGAUACAUACUCUUGAAUGAAGCAAAAGGCUUGGUUCCUGGGUACCCCGAUUCCAUGAGGAAGAUCCUAGGAACUAACAUUGCUGAGGUUCAUGGUGCAGUCCACAAACGAGUCAGAGGCUCACUUUUAUCUCUCAUUGGUCCAAUGGCAGUUAAGGAUCGUCUUUUGCCAGAAGUUGACGAGUUCAUGAGGUCUUUCCUUGACAAUUGGGAUGGUAAAACAGUUGAUCUUCAGGAAAAAACUGUGGAGAUUGCAUUCUUUAGCUCCCUGAAAGCUAUCGUAGAAGAUGAGCCAAACUCUUUCCUCGAGUCCUUUAAAGCUAUAUUUGAUAAAAUGGCAGUAGGAACUUUAUCCUUGCCAUUUAAAAUUCCAGGAACUGAAUUUUAUCGAGGGAUGAAGGCUAGGGAAAAAUUGCUUACAUUGCUGAGAGAUCUCAUAGGCAAGAGAAGAGCUUCCUCAGCUACUCAUGAUGACUUUCUUGAACACCUCAUAAAAACUGAGAAUGUCAAUCAGAAGCUAGAUGAUGACGAAAUAAUUGAACAAAUCAUCACUCUCUUAUAUUCGGGUUAUGAAACUGUCUCAACUACUACAAUGAUGAUUAUCAAAUACCUAAAUGAUAACCCUAGCUUUCUACAGGAAGCUGAACAUUUUGCAAUCAUGCAAAAGAAAUUGCCAGGGGAACGGAUCAACUGGGAUGACUACAAGAAUAUGAGCCAAACUCGUGCGGUGAUACUUGAAACCAUGAGAUUGGCUAGUGUUAUUUCUGGAGUGAUGAGGAGGACUACUAAUGAUAUAGAAUUGAAUGCUAACAUUGAUGGUGCCUAUCACUUGUUAGGGUUUAUCAUUCCCAAGGGGUGGAGAGUUUAUGUUUACACAAGGGAGAUUAACUUUGAUCCCAUCCUUUAUGAAGAACCUUCUACUUUUAACCCAAGGAGAUGGCUGGAGAAAGGGUUGGAGACUCAUAAUCACAACAUGCUGUUUGGAGCAGGAGGCAGGGUGUGUCCUGGAAAGGAAUUAGGCUUGGUUAAAAUCAGUCUUUUCAUUCACUAUUUUGUGACUAAAUACAGGUGGGAAGAAGCAGAGGGAAACAAGAAACUGAUGAAAUUCCCCAGAGUGUUGGCACCAGAAGGGCUACAUAUGAAAAUUACAAAGUACUAA